CAUCCAUCUAUGAUAGACCAGAAAAAACUUGACAUGAUGUGGAAAAGAGCGGAUGAAAACAAAUAUAAAAUAUAUGAAGAAUGCGAGCGCAUAAGCAAGUUCAUAGAAAAUAUAUCAAGCUCCAUUGUGCACGUUUGGCCAGCUUACGACACAAAGGCAAAUGAUGAUAUUGUGUUUGUUGUUCUCACAACUAAGGACAUCGAGGACGAUCUGAAGGUCAAAAACAAACUUGAAAAAACUAGUUACAAUGUCUUUGUUACUCACGUUGAUUCGUGCAGCAAAGAAUCAGAACAAGUUUUACGAAAGGUAGAUCAACUGAGAGAGACAAAUCAAUGUUUCUCUAAAUUAGAGGAUUUAGGAAGCGUUAUCAAUAAGCACUCUGACCGACUUCUACGAAAUCACCAAUAUCUAUCUGCUAUAUCUGGAAGUAAUGUUAGAUCUGAAAGGUUUAGUUUAGGGCCAUCCGAGCAUUUUGUUUCUUUCCAAUCAUGUAUUGUUUUAUAUGUUAUUGCAAAAGGUAAAAUUCCACUGCACGAAAAUAAAUUUGAAGACAAUUUAGAUGGCGUUCCGGUUGAUGUCAGAGAGGGUAUAUUUCAGAGAACAAUUUUGCCGUCGGAAAGGUAUAGCAAACCUGUCAAAAUGGGUUGUCAAAUUACAUCAAAUAGGACUCCUGAAUCAUUUGGAACGUUGGGUGGUUUCUUUUACCAUAAAGACUUUGGAUUAUGCGGUGUCACUUGUGCACAUGUUGUGUUAGAAGAAGCAAUGAUACAUGAUCUAAGAGGAGAAAAGAAAGUUUGGUCAAGAGAAGAGUCCCCAAUGGUUUUUCAUCCAAACACAACACAACAUGACUAUAAGCUUGGUCCCGUUAAAGAGGCAGUUUACCGAACUGGAAGUGAGGAUUCAAGUGGUAUCGAUAUUGCUGUUUUCAAAAUAGAAGGUGCAGCUCCCGAUUCCGGGUUUUUCCCAGAAGAAUCAGAGAUGUGUUUCGAAACCGGAAGAACUCUAGGGACAUCUGACCUAAAAUACAAUACACCGGUCUUAAAAUAUGGGCGAACGACCGCACUCACUAGAGGGUAUAUAGAGUUUGAAAAUACCACGGUCCGAAUGAUUAAAUAUGAGCGUAAGUAUACACUUGGCAGCAAUGAGUAUACAUUUCUUUUAAAAAAUCAAAUAGCAGUCAGACCUGAAUCAUCUUUAUGCACUCAAUUGUUCAAUGACUUUGGUGAUUCUGGAGCUUUCGUGUUCGUGAAGGACUCUGGCAAUCAGUUAGUAUGUAUUGGGAUUUGUGUUGGUAAACUAAAUACACACGGUAUUAUUAUCCCGAUAUCUGCUGUUAAAGACGAUCUCGGUAUUUCAAAUUUUUGUGAUUUUAGAUGGCAUCAUCUUAGUGAGAAAAUCAAGGAAAUGGACAAAAAACUAGACAGGAUUUUAGAUAGGUUGCCUUCAAGCUCAAGCCAAUAAAUCAACGACAUAUUAUUUUUGUUCUUUAACCUGACUAAUUGGUGUUAGGGUUAAUUUUAGUGGAAUGAAUGUCAUUGUAUGAACGUUUUCGAAUAUUCUGAUGAUCAUUUAGUACCGACCUGCCAUAAACACUAACGAAUGCGAAUGUUAGAAAUACUUACGACAUUACUGAGAAUGAUUUACACGUAACCAUUCGGAUCCUUUCUAAAUAAAUAUUUCGGUUUCGGUACUGCAAAGCGCAUUUUUGUCUGAGACUUGAAAAUAAAACAUGAAAGUGGUAAGUGCGUACCGACUUGAAUGACGAACAAUAUCUUUAGGCUGAUCGUCUUUUUCUUUCUUUUUCUUUUUUUUUGUUGGUUUUGCAUUUGUUGUUGUUUU